AUGUCUCUGCAACUCCUGCUGCUGGUGGUCCUGCUGGGCCCUGGCAGCAGCCUCCAGCUGCAGGAGACCAGCAAGAACGAACCCGUGAAGGCCCCAGACCCACCACCAGGUGGUGACGGGAGAGACCUGGAAGACUAUGAUCCAGACUAUGACUAUAUAGGACAAACGGACCCUCCAGAGAUGCUUGACAGUAGCACCGAGGCCCCCAAGUUUCUGCCUAUGGUGGCAACGCUGGGGCAGAGAGAGCCUGCAGGGCCUACGACACCUGAGUCAUUCAUUCUGGAGGUAUCCACAAGGGACUCUGCUGUCCUGAGUGCCACCGGGGCAACCACCAAGAACCUGAGCACAGAACUGGUCACACUGGUCCCUCUGACCAGAGAACUGGUCGCUGAAAUCCCUCCCAAAAUGAAGGAUCUAUCCACAGAGUUGGCUGCAGUCACAGAGGCCCUGUCCACGGGCCCCACAGCCACAGAGGCCCUGUCCAUGGGUCCCGUGGCCACAAAGUCCCUGUCCACGGACCCCACGGCCACAGAGGCCCUGUCCACGGAACCCGUGGCCACAGAGGCCCUGUCCAUGGGUCCCGUGGCCACAGAGGCCCUGUCCACGGACCCCGCAGCCACAGAGGCCCUGUCCACGGACCCCGCAGCCACAGAGGCCCUGUCCACGGAACCCGCAGCCACAGAGGCCUUGUCCACGGAACACACAGCCACAGAGGCCUUGUCCACGGAACCCACAGCCACAGAGGCCCUGUCCACAGAACCUGCAGUCACAGAGGCCCUGUCCACGGAACCCAAAGUCAUAGAGACUCUGUCCACAGAACUGGCCACCACAGCAGCCCCUUUCAGGGAGCCCACUACCAUGUUGGCCCUGCCCACAGAUCCAAGCACUGUGGAGGCCCUGCCCACGAGACCUGCUACCACAAGGGGCCUAACCACAGCCCUUCCUGUGGCCUCUGAUACUCCCAAGGGCACCACUGUGGCAGCUGGCGACUGGUCGGAGGCCUUCACUGGGAACAAAGGUCAGAGCCUUUUCCCCUGGAGCUCUGUGGCCCCGGUCCUCCCAGAGAGCCUGCCAGACCCGGGCCCCGUGAAGCAGUGUCUGCUGGCCAUCCUCAUCCUGGCCCUGCUGGCCACCAUCUUCCUCGUGUGCACCGUGGUGCUGGCCAUCCGCCUCUCCCGCAAGAACCACCUGUACCCCGUGCGCGAUUACUCCCCCAGCGAGAUGGUCUGCAUCUCGUCUCUGCUGCCCGAGGGGGGCGAGGGGCCUGCUCCCACGCCCAACGGAGACCUGCCCAAGGCCAAGAACCAGGGCCGGAAGGCGGGGCCGGGGGGCGACCGCGAAGGGGAUGACCUCACCCUGCGCAGCUUCCUCCCUUAG